UUUCCGUAUGCACAGAAGACAAACACGCCUCCAUUUCCUCUUUCUCUGAAGUGAAAGCACUAACAUAUCUUCAUAUUUGGCAGUGAGACGGCGAGUUUAGUACCACACUAAAGUCAUGGAGACUGUGCGUAAGAACAAGGUCUUUCUCAUCGACACUCUGUCCACUGAUGCCAGCAUCGUUUUACAGCACGUCCAGAGCGACAGCAUCAUCAUCAAGCGUGACUACAACAAUCUUAACCAUCCCAAUCACACACCGGAGAAGAUCAUCAUUAACCUUCUGGAUACUGUGAUGAACAGGGGUGAUGAGACCUGUCAGAAAUUUCUGAAGCUGUUGGAGAAAGAAGAGCUUCAGGAGAAUUUCCCUCAGCUGAAGAAGCUCUUCACACCUGAUCAAACAUCACAUGAUCAAAAAGGUCCAGCCAAGCCCACUGAGAUUGGUGAAUAUAAAAUGUCCAGUAAACCUCGUGGUGUCUGUCUGAUCAUCAACAAUAUGGAGUUUGAUCAACCUCAGCAGAACCGACGUGGAUCUGAUAAGGAUGAAGAGUCUCUUGAAAAGGUAUUUACAUGGCUGGGUUUCACUGUGGUGGUGCACAGGAACCAAACCGCAGAACAGAUGAGGACCAUCCUGAGGACACACAGCAGAAACCAGCAUGAUGGCGACUGCUUCGUGUGCUGCAUCCUCAGCCAUGGCUCCGCUGAUGGGGUGCUUGGGACGGAUGGAGGCAAAAUCAAAGGAGCUGAAAUCUAUGACAUAUUUAAUGGAACGCUCUGCCCGAGUCUGAUCAAUAAGCCCAAAGUGUUCUUCAUCCAGGCCUGCCGUGGAGAGCAGUACCAUCCAGUAGUUAAAGUCCAGUCUGAUGGCUACAAGGGAGGAAAAGCAGGAGAGGAAAAAGUGAAAGAAGAAGAAUUAGAGACCGAUCCUGUGCAGAUCACCAUCCCAGCUGAGGCCGAUUUCCUCGUGGCAAGAUCGACUGUUAAAGGGUACUACUCGUUUAGGAACAGUUCAGGUUCCUGGUUCAUCCAGUCUUUGUGUGAGCACUUGAUGAAGCACUGUCCAACGGGUGAAGACAUCUACACGAUCCUUCUCAGGGUCAACAAGGACAUCAGUGAGAAAACCAGUGUACACAACCAGAACCCUGCCAAACAGAUGCCUGUGCAAAAGAUCACCCUGAGGAACAAGCUGGUGUUCCGUGUGCCACAGUAGAACCGGUUGAUCAUCAACAUCGCUGUACAGAACCCACCAACAUGCUCACUGCUUUAUAGCUGAUGAGAAAGACAUCAAGAAAACAAAUAAAUAAUCAAUAAAACAACAGGCCUCAUUUAUCAAUCUUUUGGGUGUAAAAGUUGUGUGUAAAAGUUUGCAUAAAACAAACAAACUGAACAAAUAAAAUCUGCUGGGUUU